AUGAUUCAACAAGAACUUCAAGCUCCUUCUGUGGAGAUUGAAACUGAACACUUGAACCAACCACUACGAAUGGAAUCCCAUCCAUUCAUUCCCGACAUUGUGGAUCGUAAUAACAAUGAUAAUAACUACAACAAUGAUAAUAACAACGACCAUGUUCAUACAUUAGAAGUGGGUGGUGGUGGUGGUUCGAGUGGUGGUGGUUCAAGCGAUGGUGGUUCUGAUCCUGUAGUUGCUGCAACAACAUUAAAUCAUCAAUCAACGAAUGAUAAUCUUCCCACUAUUACCACCACUACCACCACUACUAUCACCACUACUUCUACUACAACAGGACAUGAAAGAAAUUUUGAAAGUGAAGCCAAUGAAUUAUUAAUCUAUGUCAAGGAUCUUGUUGCAAGAAAUGAAGAAUUACAACAACUAUUGCAAGAACAACAAAUUCAAUUUGAAAAAGAGGAGAAAUUCUUGAUGGAAACCAUGACAAUGAACAACUUCUCGCCCUACAAACAAAAAAAAGCACUCAAAAAAUUAAUUCAACGAACGAUUGAACUAAAAUCUCAAAAUAUGAAAUACAAGACAAUAUUUUCAUUGAUUAGAAAUGCAAAGAGUAAAGAAGAAAUGGAUCAUUUAUUAAGUAUUAAGGAACAACUGAAUGAUUCUCAUGAUCCUAGUCUGUCAGAUUCACGAAAAGAUCUUUUAAUGAAUUCUGAACACAUUCAUGAAAAUGUUUGCACGACUACUACAACCACCAACACUACAACUUCACCUACUUCCAAUUCCUAUCACCAUUCAAUGGUGGUGAUGACUACGACAUGUCCAUCAACCUCACAACAACCACUUCAAACGUCACCUAAAUUCUCCUCUCCUAAAAACUUUUCUAACAACCAUUCAAAUCGAAGACGAUGGUCAUCUUCCUCUCCAACAACAACAACAACUCAUUUCAAUGUUAAGAAUUGUACCACCAAUAAGAAUGAAUUGAACAAGAACAACAACAUUCAUGGUAUGGAACACACUAAUUUGACACUACCAGCAGUGAAUUCAACAAUUUCAGAUCUAAGAAAUCAACUCACCAAAUACAAAUCAAAGAAUCAAAAAUUACAACAACAAGUGGAAACAUGGAAGAAUUUAGUGAACAAGUAUGAACAAAUGUUUGGUGUUGUAAAAGUGAGUCUUGUUGAACAUCAAUCGGAUGAAAAGGAGUAG